UCAAAGCCAAAGCCCAGAGCAACCGUAACGUAUCAACCACCACCAAUGGCAUCGCCUGAAAGCCAAUGGCCCGACACCCUUUCAAAUGCCUGGGACUUCAAAGGCCGCCCAGCCCUCCGAUCUGCCACCGGCGGCUGGGCCAGCGCCGCCAUGAUUCUGGGAGUUGAGGCAUGUGAAAGGUUGACGACGCUUGGAAUUGCCGUUAACUUGGUGACCUACUUGACGAACACCAUGCAUUUGGGCAAUGCAUCCUCGGCAAACACUGUCACCAACUUCCUCGGCAGCUCCUUCAUGCUCUGUCUGCUCGGCGGCUUCGUCGCUGACACUUUCCUCGGCAGGUACCUAACUGUGGCCAUUUUUGCCGCCGUUCAAGCAACUGGAGUGACAAUCUUGACCAUCUCAACCGUGAUCCCCAGCCUGAGACCUCCCAAAUGCACCACCGACCGCCAGCCCUGCAUCCCAGCCACCGGCACGCAGCUAACAGUGCUUUACGUAGCUCUCUACCUCACUGCACUCGGCACCGGCGGCCUGAAAUCAAGCGUCUCGGGGUUCGGCUCCGACCAAUUUGACGACACAGACAAGGAAGAAAGAGCCCAAAUGGCCAAGUUCUUUCACUGGUUCUUCUUCUUCAUCAGCAUCGGGGCGCUCGGAGCGGUGACAGUUCUGGUCUACAUUCAAGACAACUUGGGGCGGCAAUGGGGAUACGGCAGCUGUGCAUUCGCCAUUGCUGCUGGCCUGCUCGUGUUCUUGGCCGGGACGAGGCGAUACCGGUUCAAGAAACUUGUGGGAAGUCCGUUGACGCAAAUUGCCAGUGUCUUUGUUGCGGCAUGGAGGAAGAGGCAUUUGGAGUUGCCAUCGGAUUCGUCGCUGCUUUUCAAUGUGGACGAUAUUGAUUUGGCAAGUGAUGGACAAAUGAAGAAGAAGAAGAAGCAAACGCUGCCACAUACCAAGCAAUUCCGUUUCUUGGAUAAAGCAGCCAUCAAAGACCCUGAAUUUGACAGUGGAAUCACUGUGGAGAAGAACAAAUUCCACCUCUCAACUUUAACAGAUGUGGAAGAAGUGAAAUUGGUUAUUAGAAUGCUCCCCAUUUGGGCCACCACGAUAAUCUUCUGGACAGUCUAUGCCCAAAUGACCACAUUUUCAGUGUCCCAAGCCACCACCAUGGACCGCCACAUUGGCAAGUCAUUCCAGAUUCCGCCCGCCUCCCUGACCGUCUUCUUCGUCGGCAGCAUCUUGCUGACCGUGCCGGUGUACGACCGGGUUAUCGCUCCAGCGGCCAGAAGGAUCCUUUACAACCCACAAGGCCUCACCCCAUUGCAACGCAUUGGGGUUGGCCUAGUGUUGUCAAUACUGGCAAUGGUGGCAGCCGCCCUGACCGAGAUCAAGCGGCUACGCGUUGUUGCCCGAUCAAGCAACGAUCCAACGGCUGUGGUGCCGCUUAGUGUGUUUUGGUUGGUCCCACAGUUCCUUCUUGUGGGGUCCGGCGAGGCGUUUACCUACGUUGGGCAGCUUGAUUUCUUCCUAAGGGAAUGCCCCAAAGGGAUGAAAACCAUGAGCACGGGGCUGUUCUUGAGCACACUUUCGCUAGGGUUUUUCUUUAGCUCUGUUUUGGUGACUAUAGUGCACAAAGUGACGGGGGAGAAGAACCCAUGGCUGGCUGAUAAUCUCAACCAAGGGAGGCUCUACGAUUUCUACUGGUUGUUGGCCAUUAUAAGUGGUUUGAACUUCUUGUUGUACUUGGUUUGUGCCAAAUGGUAUGUGUACAAGGAGAAUAGGCUUGCCGAGGAGGGCAUCGAAUUGGAGGAAACAGAGCCUAGUUGCCAUGUUUAAGAAGAGCAGCUACAGCAUGCAUGAAAACAUGGCGCCCCAUCAACGUACCCAUUAAGAAAUUAAUUAAGACUACUGUUACGGGUGAAUGUUAAGUUUUCUUAGCUAUGGUCAGAAUAUAUGUACACACGGUUAAUGUUAUUUUUCUCGCUGAGCUUGUGUACAAAUAUACUAGUGUUUGUAUUAUAUGAAUUAAACAUCUAUCUUCUUAACGGUGCAA